AUGGACACCCCAAAAUCAUCCAUCUCAUCUGGAACAACAACUCGACGAUUCGAGUUGUUGUGCAUCAUGAUGCUCACAUUUGGGCAAUUGUGCAUUAUGACAGGAUACGAUUCACAGUCAUUUAUUCUGGAGUCGGUGAUUCAUUCAAUUCAUGAGAAGGAGCCAGAGAGGAUCAGUCCCUAUGCAGGGUACUAUGGCCAAGCCGUCUGCUAUCUGGCUUAUGUCACUGCUUGCCUCUUCUCCCCUUCUUUCCUGUAUGCUACCAGUGCCAAAACAACACUUCUGAUCUCCUCAAUUUGCUUUACAUCAUUUCCAUUAGGCUUCUUGUUCACCAACUCUUACUAUUAUUAUUUUUCAUCCGCAUUGAAUGGAAUCGGGUUUGCAUUCUACUACACUGGUAAUGGCGGCUAUAUCACUUCACAUUCUACUCGUCAAACUAUAGAAUCCAAUGUCUCGCUAUCGUGGUCUCUAGGAUGCUGCUGCAUGAUUGUUGGUUCUAUUAUCAUGGCAAUAAUCACAACUGUAACUCAAGAGGCGGCUCCUGAAAUCCUAGACAUCCUGAACGCUACCAUGGGUUCCUCAGUCAGUGGUCAUGGUAUUGAAAGAAGAUUUGGAGACAGCGAAAUCUAUCUUCUGUUUUCCGUGUUCGCUGCAAUUUCAUCGUUAGCUAUUUUCACAUUUAUGUUGUUACCCUCGCAAGACGUAUCAAAUUGUAUCGAGCCCAGUGAGAAACUUGUGAGCUUCAAGGAUGGAAUGAAGCUCAUGGCGGACACUCUCACCUCUUCGAAAAUGUUCAAGUUGGCUCCAACCUUCUUGCUCACCGGAAUUCAUACCUCCUUCUGGUUAUCCAUUUUUCCAACGACUCUCACUUUCAACAUGCAUAACUCAAAAUUGAUAUAUCUCCCUGCAAUUUACGGGUUUGGAAUAGGAGUGGGCGAAACGAUUAUGGGCCUCAUCAUCUCCACACUGAGCAAGCGUAUCAAAGAUUUCGGUUUGAAACCAACAAUGCUCAUUGGAUGUGUGCUCACAACUAUAUUCUGUUUUGUGGCUCUUCUCUCCACUCCAUUCAAUGCAACUGUCACUCCAAGUCACGAAGAUCCAUUGCUGUUUCAGCCAAACCGAGUUACCGUAUUCCUAGUAGCUAUGAUUGGAGGAAUGUCAGAUUGUUGCUUGUGCAGUGUUAGAUCGGUGAUAUGUGCAUUGGCAAUGCCGAAAAGAAGAGCACAGGCUUUCUCCGUGUCUAAAAUUUAUCAGUCACUCGGUUCUUGUGUGAUUUUCUUCAUCUCUCCAUUCCUCAACCUCUAUCAUUAUGUCUUCGGAAUCCCAAUCCUCUGCUUACUCGCGGGAAUUUUCUUCUUCCGUCAAGCAGGUCAGACGCAAGUAAUGGAGCGAAAAUUGACACAAGAACUGGGAGAAUCUGAAAAGCGAAGGAUUGCUAAAGAGCUUGAAGCAAUGCAGAAAAUAUAA